CGGCAAAUCGUUAACGAUGCAUUUGUCGGCAAGCUAACUUCGAUCAGUCUCCGCGGUCUACAUCGUCUUGUUUUUGGGUGUUUACUAUUUGGGAAUCUUGUGUUUUGUAGUUUUAUUAGUGUUAGUUUCUUUGAUAAUUCUUCCCUAAAAUGGUUUGGGGUUUCGCCACCUGUGGUCCGAACGAGGCACUAGUUAUUUCAGGAUGUUGUUACAGCAAACCACUUCUGGUGCCUGGAGGAAGAGCUUUCGUAUGGCCCUCGGUUCAAAAAUUACAAAGGAUAUCGUUAAAUACGAUGACUCUUAUAGUAGACAGUCCCACUGUAUACACAAGCCAAGGUGUCCCAAUUUCUGUAACUGGAAUAGCACAGGUAAAAAUUCAAGGUCAGAACGAAGAAAUGCUGCUAGCAGCUUGCGAGCAGUUCUUGGGAAAAAAGCAAGAUGAGAUCCAGAACAUCGCCCUCCACACCCUGGAAGGUCACCAAAGAGCCAUCAUGGGUUCGAUGACGGUGGAAGAAAUUUACAAAGAUCGCAAGAAGUUCAGCAAACAAGUAUUUGAAGUCGCCUCGUCCGAUUUGGUCAACAUGGGUAUCACCGUGGUGUCUUACACCCUUAAAGAUAUCCGAGACGAGGAGGGAUACCUACGAAGCUUGGGAAUGGCCCGAACGGCAGAAGUAAAGCGUGACGCCAGAAUCGGAGAAGCUGAAGCUAGAGCCGAAGCAACUAUCAAAGAAGCCAUCGCCGAAGAACAAAGAAUGGCUUCAGUUUUGCUAAACGACACAGAAAUCGCCAAAGCCAAGCGUGAUUUCGAAUUGAAAAAAGCCGCCUAUGAUGUAGAAGUACAAACCAGGAGCGCCGAAGCUGAGUUAGCAUACGAGCUGCAAGCGGCCAAGACUAAGCAGAGAAUCAAGGAGGAACAAAUGCAGAUUAAAGUUGUAGAGAGAACACAACAAAUUGCAGUUCAAGAACAAGAAAUUGCCAGAAGGGAACGAGAACUUGAAUCUACGAUUCGCCGACCAGCAGAAGCUGAGAAAUUCAGAUUAGAAAAAAUCGCCGAAGCUAAUUCCAAGCGAGUUCUGUUGGAAGCCGAGGCCGAAGCAGAAUCUGUAAGGCUAAAGGGUGAAGCCGAAGCAUUCGCUAUUCAAGCUAAGGCCGUCGCAGAAGCAGAACAAAUGGCCAAGAAAGCAGAAGCCUGGAAGGAAUAUAAGGAGGCAGCCAUGAUAGAUAUGUACUUGGACGUUUUACCGAAGGUUGCCGCAGAGGUAGCUGCUCCUCUAUCGCAAGCCAAAAAAAUCACGAUGGUGUCUACGGGAACGGGUGAAGUUGGUGCUGCUAAACUUACUGGCGAAAUAUUUGAUAUUGUGAACAAAGUACCUCAGCUUGUUAAGAACAUGACGGGUGUCGACAUUUCCAAGUCUGUCCACGCAGGUUAAUACGAGGGAAGGAAAAUCUGAUUCACCAUGUCAGUGUCUUUAAACAAUUAUAUAACUAUUACUCGAGUCUUGUUAAAGUCUUACUAAAGCUAGCCAAUACUUUAUACUCCAUAUAUUUAAAAAAAAAAUACGUUUUUGAAUGUUAUUAAUUGAUGUUGCUUUAUUUUUAUGUUUUUAUUUUAUCAAAAUGAAUAAAUAUUGGCUUUUAUAGGAAACAGAAUCUUAGUAAUUAUAGGUGUGGUGCAUUUAUUUUUUAUAAGUAAAAAAUACUGGGUUUACUUUUAUUUACACUUGUCUUUCGUUUUUGUUGCUCUAUUGGAAUAUAUAUGUUAAAUAUGUGACCAUUUUUAUUUUUUUAAUUAUUAUGAUGGAAGUUUAAAUAACUUAUUUUAUUUUUAAUUGUUAAGAAAACCCGGUGUUUUGUAAUUGUUGCUUGUUUUUGCAUUUUAGAACGUCUGUUUCUUAUUUAACCAGCAAUGUGCAAUGUUUUGUAGUUUGAGGCACUGGAAACUUAAAAAAAAUGCUAUUUUAAUGAAUUUUUGUUAGUCUGAUAUUUGAAAGAGAUAUUGGAGUUAAGAAGUGUAUAAAACUGAAAUACCUCUAUUUUUUGUAUUCCCCGAAAUAUAUUUCUCAUAUAUUAUGUAUAAUUAUUUUAUUAAAUGUGAUUCAAACGCA